AUGAGUGAAGCAAACCACUCUGUGGUAUCUGAGUUUGUCUUCCUGGGACUCUCCAACUCAUGGACAACCCAGCUCUUCCUCUUCCUCUUUUCCUGUAUGUUCUACGUGGCAAAUGUGUUUGGAAAUUUUCUCAUUGUUCUAACUGUGACUUCAGACCCCCAUUUACACUCCCCUAUGUACUUCCUCUUAGCCAAUCUUUCCAUCGUCAACUUAGUAUGUUCAUCAUCGACAGCACCAAAGAUGAUUUAUGACCUUCUCAGAAGGCGCAAAACCAUCUCUUUUGGGGGCUGUAUCACUCAGAUCUUCUUCAUCCAUGCAGUUGGAGGCACUGAGAUGGUGCUGCUCAUAGCCAUGGCUUUUGACCGAUAUGUUGCCAUAUGUAAGCUCCUGCACUACUUGACUAUCAUGAGUCCACAAAAGUGCAUUUUGGUUUUAGUUGCUUCCUGGAUUAUUGGCUUCAUC